AUGUCACCCAAUCCACUCUCCGAAGCCAACGAUGGCUCUACAGCCGUCUCGUCCAAAACCUCGCUCCUCUGGGCCUACCAACUCCGCAAGGAACACAUCCACCUCGUGAACCGCAUCGAAGAUGUCAAUUCCGACCUCCUGUCCUACUCCAGCAGAGCUACUGAACACCACCAGAACCUAUCCAACCUAGAACGCCUGGUCAAGAGUCUACAGACGGAGAACUACACGCUCAAAAACGAGGUUACCAUAGUACGCGACAAGUUCGCGGCAUCGUUGGAUCAAGUCAACAAGCAGGUAGCAGCCGCGAUGGUCACCACCAAAAAUGGCCGAGAAGAAAAAACAAAGGAAGAAAAAGAAAGUCUAGCAAAGUUAGAAUGUGGGUUUGAGCAUUUAGGGCUUCGGAUGAAAGAGUUGGCGCAGGGGAUGGUCGAGUUGAAGAUGGGUAUGGCUGGUAUGGAGAAGAAGUGUGAGUGUUUGGCUGUGAAGCAGAUGGAGCUUGCAGCAUGGCAAGGUAAAAUGCCGCCGCCAAAGAAGCCUAAUAUUUCUACGCCCAAGAGUCGUGCGGGACGGACGCAGACUGGGGUUCGUGCGAGUCUUAUUGUAUCUUUGAGAUAUAGUAAGACUGCUGAAGGGAAAGAUGACUAUCAUGGCAAACAAGCUAGCUCAUUCACCCAGAUGACAUACCCGGCUAAUGAAGCGACUAUGUCGACCAUGACCGACUCAUUAAUACCGGACUCUAUGCCUGUAUACCCCGCCAUUUCACCAAUCGAUUUACUCUUCCAGAAAAUCAAACAAGAUGAUCGGGGGUUGUAUGACUAUUUCACUUUUGCCGCCGAAUUACGCUCCGAGCUGCCUCGACGGAAGCAGGAAGGACACAUGGUCGAGGCCUUUUUCGAUGGUCUAUCCAACGACAGCGCAGUCAAGAUGGCGAUGGAAGAAUAUCUUGAUGCGCUGGGCUGGAUCUGGAGCAAUGUCGAGGGUUUCUGUAGGCGCGAUCAGCAAGGGUACAACACUAGAUCGCGGACACGAGCAAGCGCUACGAAAUCUAGAGUCAAGUCGGUGGCUAGAAAGGGAACAGUCGAAAAAGAUAAGAGCCAACUAUAG